UGCUGAAGUAAUUCCACAUGUUUUCAUCAACCACUCUCCUGACGGCUAAAUACACAGUAAUUUGCUUUUUCCCAUCUUUCCAGGGCAGCUGACACUCCUGGUUUUAUCACCUUCUACUCAGAAUGCAAACUUUGGCAGCUUUAUGUGCUCUUUUGUCUCUCCUCUUUUCUGCUCAUGCAGAUGUUGUGGAGCGUUUUGAGGCUGUGCCAGAAUGCAUGACUUACUUUUAUAAGGCAAAGGUGCCAGAAUGGGGAGCGUCCACCCCAGGCGCUGCCUGUCUGUGUCAGCGCUUCGUCAACAGGUUUCAUUUUGCCACACUGUAUGACACCAACCAUCGCAUUGCUGUCUAUUCUGCAUAUCAGUUUGAGCCCAGCAGUGGAGGUGGCAGGGAGAAGAGGUGGUUUGUGGAGCCUCAGCUGGUGAAUGACAGCUGGCAAGCUGAGAUGAAGGAUGGAUACUGGCUGGGGAAGGACUACCCCGAUGUCUACCUCGGAGAGAAACAAGCUCUGAACGAGGACUACACAAACUCUGGCUUUGACCGUGGUCACCUCAACCCUAACGGACACCAUUCAGUGCCCAGUCGUAAUGCCACGUUAACCCUGACCAAGCCCAAAAUGAAUCAAGAUGCCUGGAGGAUCCAUGAGUCUGACCUCACCACUCUUUUCCUUGAAAAGUGCUCAAAGGCCUACGUCCUGGUUGGUGCUGUCCCUUCAGCAGACAACUGGAUUGUCAAAAACAACGUGAAGCGCGUCAACAUCCCAGACUACGUGUGGAAUGCCUACUGCUGCGUGGACAACAACGACCAGCCCAUUCAGAGUGGCGCUGGUACCGCCAGAAACACAGAAGAGAACCAUGUUGUAAAACGUUCACUGGAUGAACUGGGUGCCUUCCUGCAGCAGUUUUCCAAUGAACCAGUAGGGCAGCUGUUUUACAACAACUGUAGAGCAUAAAUAAUAGGCAGCUGAAAAUCUUAAUGUGGUUCCCCAAUGUUUUAGAUUCCAAACUAUAUAUUUGAACAACCAGCCUGAAAUCAAACUUCUGCAGUUGCCUGAUCCUGAUCAUUUUUUUAAUGGGGCCAGGGUUUACCAGCAUUCACACAAACUCACAUUACAAUCCAAUUUAAAAUUAGAUUGCAUUAGAUACAAAACUGGUUAGCACAUCUUGAGUAACAGUGACCCAACAUAGAUCAAAAGUAAUUAAACGUAUUCAAUUAACACUACAUUUCAAUGGCUUUAAUGGCAAACAUAUUUUUUAAUUAUAUUAAAAAUUAAGUAUUAGUGGUUUUUCUUUCACACUGAUGCUAAAUUUGGUAUCAAUUGUUUAUUCAAUUAUGACAUACACAACAAAUAGGAAUUAAAGUAUUUAGAAUGGAAAUCAGAAAUAUUAGGCAUAUUUUGGCAUAAUUACAACCACUAGAUGGCAGCAAGGUGUCUCCAGUUUGAUUCUUUAUACAUGUGGAAUUUGCAUCAAGAGCUUCUGAUGGACAUCAGCUUGAUGUGAAUUCAUAGCAAUAUUCUAAAAAGGGUUAAAGCUAAUGAAACAACCAUUUACCUAUUUAGCAAGAAUCAAAAUUAAUAAAAGCAUGUUUCAUUGGACUUUUAUGACUGAUAGUUUGUGUCUAUCUUGUAACUUGCACAGUCAGACGCCAGUAGAAAAUACAGUUUUCCACUGGCGUCUGGAAAACUGUAUUUUCUCUGAACCUUUAUAGAGGUUCAGAGUUACUAUCUAUACAUUUUAUUCUUAAUGUCACUGAGCACAAGCCCAACAGGCUCAGGUCUGCUUCAUAAGACAGGAAAGAAGAUGGUGGCUGCACAAAUAUGUUUCUGAAACAAUCCAGCACACAUGAUGUUGGCUGACAAACUGGGCAUUGAUUGGUGUCCCCAGGUGUUGUAAAAUUUGAGCUAAACCAAAACACGUAGAGGAGUACAUGAAAAACAUGAUGAAAUAUAAUAUAAACAAAGAAUUACAGCAAAGCAUGAAGAGCACAGAAUGAAAACUUUGCAGGAUGUGAACCAGCAAUGAAUAAUGAAAAAGAGAGCUUAAAUGCAUAGAAAAGGAUUUAUUACAUCAUAGUCAGGUGAGUCUAAUCAAGGAAAUAUUGAACUUUUGUGAGAGAUGAAACCAAAGCGAUACAUGCGACAUGAUCUCCUAUUUAUUCAUCAAAUUUGAAAAUGUUGGAAACUGUUUCACACAGUCUGCUGCUUUUUUUCUUUGGAAUGGCCUUUAUUUUCUUCAUUCAACUUCCUUAAAUCUGCAAAUUUCUUCAGAAAAGAGUUAUUUGUCUUGUACAUGACCAAAGAUGUUUUUCCUGUUAAUCUUGGACUUUUUAUGUAUUUGACGUAUUGCUUCUCAGGCUGGAAAAAACCCUACAGACAAACUGAAUUAAUUUUUGUAAAGAAUUGUGUGCUGAAGUUUUAACUUAUUGUGGAUUUUAAAUUUAUUCUUCCUACAUCUAAUACAUAAUUUGCAUUCCAUGGACAGGACUGGUUUACAAAUUUUCUAUAUGGUUGAGGUUGGAUAUUUGGAGGUUAUUUUAAAUACUGGAUGCCAGGCAGAGGAAAAAUCUGAGACACCUUUUGUAAAACUUGGAUGAGAAGUUUUGACAGGUGACCUCCAGAAGAAUGGUCUUGUUGGUUAUAAGCUCUACAUACUACUACAAACAACUGUUUGACAGGAAGUCAAAUGGUUGCUAUUCUCUGCCACGUGCAUCCAGCAUCCUCUGAUUUUAAUUUUAAAAUAUAACUAACAAGGAAAGAAUCUUUUUUUUUUUUUACUUAAUGGGUACAAAAGGCAGAAUAGCCUCAGCGAAUUCAAAAUUUGAUUUGCAUACUCUGUCUUGCUGUGGAAACAAAUUGUUUGUCUGUUGCACCUGCAAUUCUGCCUGCUCAGGUGGUUGCAGCUGCUGCAGUUGCUCAGCAUCCUUGGAGUGUGGUAGUGCUGCUGGUAUUGCACUACAUAGACGUUUCUCAUGUAAGUUUCUCUACCCUGAUCUUGGAUUAGAGGUGAACUUUCUGCUUGGUUUGCAGUAUUGUAAUUUGGCACCUCUCGUUUGUCCGUAGUUAGUGAUUCUGAAAUAAGAAGAAAGUUGUUGUAUCAUGCAUCCUUCAAGACUGUUGCAUGUCUACAUCACUUAAGGUGUUGCGAAAAUGAAAAAGUUCUAAACAAUAGAUCACGCGCUUGCCUCCAGAAUUUCAGGAUAUGUGCUGAAACAUCUUUAGGAAAAAAUUUAGUGAAAGUCUAGAUACCUUCAAUUUAAAGCUUCUACGUUUAAAUUGAACAUAGAAGGUUCAAAACAUUAAUUUUUUGGCUACUGGCAUUUACUAUAUAGUUUUGACUUCUAAGAAUAUAUUUUUAUGACAUCAGCAGGUUUUUCCAUGAGGUGAGGUUUUUUUUUAAGAAUUGCGAUAUAGGUGACCUAUAAAAAACAUUAAGAUAUCCAUACAAUUGGUGAAUAUAUUUAA